UUUUUUUUUUUUUCCUUGGAGAAGAAAAAAAAAUAAAAGAAGGAGAAAGAACAAGCAGUAGAAGAAGAAGAAGGAAGCCACCGCACCGCAAUCACCAACCCAAGACCGUUGUUUAUAUAUAUAUAAAAUUAGCCAAAAUCAGAAAAAUAAGAGUUGGCAUCUCUGUUCUCCUUAGAUUUCGAACCCUUCCUCACCGGACUAACUAUUCAACCAACAACUCUCUAACGGUUUUCUUUCUCAAUUACCAUUUUCCUCCUCUCUUUUUUUCCCUCGCUUAAUUCCUCAUUUUCGGGGGAUUUGAUUUGAUUUUCUCGGAUGCACAUGUCGUCUGGUGGCCCUUCCGCCGCCUCCUCCGCCAACGCUAGCCCCAAAAGCCACUGUGGACAUACCACUAGACGACGUGUUGAUGCCGCCGACAAAUCCUCUGUUUUCUCCGAUUAUUAUGACGAAGAAGACACUCUUAACGGCUCUUCUUUUGGGCCUCAUCACCACCACAACCACCACCAUCCUUUGAUUAGGUACCUUCUGGUUCGCCGAAAGUUAUUCUUUUUUCUUCCAGACGCUUGGCUGCUCGCUUUUGAGGAUGCUUGCCAUUGGAUUGUCAAUACGGCCCAGAGUUGGAGAUCCGGUAGAAACAUGGGUCGCAAGAUUUUGGCUGCUUUGACGUUGAUAGUGGUUAUUUCGGUAUUCUUUAAGUUAUCCUUCGUGGAUCAUCACGUCGAGAAACAUAGAGAAAACGGCCCUUUGAUCCUGCAGACAUUCAAAGAAGAUACGGCCAAGGUUCAACAUGUUGUUGCUGAAAACACAGCCUCAAUGCCCAAACGCGUAUUGGAGAAAUUCCCUACACCAGAAAUUUGGAUGAAACCAAAUAGUGACGAUUACUACCAAUGCAUAGCACGGCCCAGAAGUCAAAUAAAGGCUAGAAAAACAAAUGGGUAUCUUCUUGUUCAUGCCAAUGGUGGACUGAAUCAAAUGAGAAUAGGAAUUUGUGAUAUGGUUGCUGUUGCAAAGAUGAUGAAUGCAACUCUUGUCCUACCUUCUCUUGAUCAUGACUCGUUUUGGACAGAUCCAAGCACUUUUAUGGACAUUUUUGACUGGAGACACUUCAUAGAAGCUUUAAAGGAUGAUGUUGAUAUAAUAGAGUAUUUGCCCCCCAAAUAUGCAGCGAAGAAGCCCAUUUUAAAGGCACCUAUCUCCUGGUCGAAGGCUAGUUACUACAGACGUGAGAUGGCAACUUUGUUAAAGAAGCACAAGGUGAUAAAAUUUACCCACACGGAUUCACGACUAGCGAACAAUGGCCUUGCAUCCUCCAUUCAGAGGCUGAGGUGCCGUGCCAAUUAUGAGGCUCUCCGGUACUCAAAGGAGAUUGAAGAUCUUGGCAAGAUACUGGUUGAUAGACUAAGGAAUAAUAGCGAGCCAUAUGUUGCUCUGCAUUUGAGGUAUGAGAAAGACAUGCUUUCAUUCACUGGUUGUAGUCACAAUCUUACAGCAGAGGAGGCCAAGGAACUCAGGAAUAUGAGGUACAAAGUCCAACACUGGAAGGAGAAGGAGAUAGAUAGCAGAGAGAGGCGACUUCAGGGUGGAUGUCCAAUGUCUCCCAGAGAAGCAGCUCUGUUUCUCAAGGCUAUGGGAUACCCUUCUUCUACAACUAUCUACAUAGUUGCCGGAGAAAUAUACGGUAGCAAUAGCUUGGCAGCUUUCCGAGCAGAGUUCCCAAAUGUUUUUACUCAUUCUACCCUAGCAACCACAGAUGAGUUAGAACCGUUCAAGCCGUAUCAGAAUCGCCUAGCUGCCUUGGAUUAUAUUUUGGCACUUGAAAGUGAUGUCUUUGUAUAUACUUAUGAUGGAAAUAUGGCCAAAGCAGUGCAGGGGCAUAGAAUGUUUGGAGGAUUUCGGAAGACUAUCAAUCCAGACAGACAAAAUUUUGUGACACUGAUUGAUCAGUUGGAUGAGGGUUCAAUAUCUUGGGAAGAAUUCUCUUCAAAGGUUAAGACUUUGCAUUCCAACAGGAUUGGAUCUCCAUACCCUAGGCAAGCGGGAGAAUCACCGAGGUUGGAAGAGAACUUUUAUGCGAAUCCUUUUCCUGGUUGUUUAUGUAACAAGUCCCAUGACAAUGAUCUAUUAAGCAUUCUGGAAUACAAGAAGAGAGUAAAGCCAAGUCUUGGGGCUGCAUUGCGAAGAUAGGGGUGAAAAAUUGACGCCCGGCUGGUGUUGUGGAUUAUUUGACAGUGAUUUUCUUAGAAAGCUUGGUCGCCAUAGCCCAUGGGUGCCUGCAUCGAGCAGCUUCUGCCCAAACAAAGAACUGCGUAAGCUGCCAUCAGGGUAGUCUUUUGAGUUUUCUCUUGCGAUAAAGAUUCAUAUUCUUUGAGAUAAAGAGGAAUAAACGGGAAUACAGGGAAAGAUACACAGGCAUAUAUAUACAUAUAUAUAUAUAUUAAUUCCAUUUGCAUAUGGAGCUAAAAACAUUCAUUUCUUUUAUUAUUAUACACAGAAAAUAUAUAUAUAUAUAUUCCUUGCUCUGGUUGUCGAA